AUGAAGUUCGACGUGAACAUCCUGCGAUACAUCGAGAAGGACGCGUGGCGCGUCCUGGUCUCGGUGGAGAUGGGCAUGAAGAAUCACGAGCUCGUGCCCGUGGAGCUCGUGAACGCGAUAUCCGGACUGAAGCACGGCGGCGCGCACAAGUGCGUCAGAGAGCUCCUGAAGCACAAGCUCGUGCAUCACGAGAACCAAAAGUACGACGGGUACCGCCUGACGCCGCUCGGGUACGACUUUCUCGCGAUCAAGGCGUUCGUCAACCGAGGCGCCAUCGUAGGCGUCGGGCGACGCAUCGGCGUCGGGAAAGAGUCCGACGUGUUCGAAGUCAUCACCGAAGACGGCGAGACGCUCGCGAUGAAGCUGCAUCGGCUGGGACGCACGUCGUUCAGGGCGGUGAAGCAGAAGCGCGAUUACGUCAAGGCGACGACGACGCACAUGAACUGGCUGUACCUGAGCCGGCUGGCGGCGCUGAAGGAGCACGCGUUCAUGAAGGCGCGUUCUAUCUCACACUGGUUCCCAUACGACCGCGCGCUCGGGGAACACGGGUUCCCGGUGCCCGUCGCGGUGGACGUGAACCGACACGCGGUGCUGAUGACCAUGAUCGACGGCGUCCCGCUGACGCAGAGGUACAGGCUGAGAGAGCCCGGACGGGUGUAUCGACAGUGUAUCGACCAGCUGUCGAACCUCGCGGCGCGCGGGUUGGUGCACUGCGACUUCAACGAGUUCAACAUCAUGGUCAACGAGGACGAGGACAUCACGAUCAUCGACUUCCCGCAGAUGGUGAGCACGCGGCAUCCGAACGCGGAGGAGCUGUUCGUCAGGGACCUGAAGUGUCUGCACAAGUUUUUCCUUCGAAGGUACGACUACCGCGCGGAGGAGGACGACGAGGGGCGGGAAGAUCCGGCGUUUCGCGACGUCGCCGUCGGCGGCGUCGGCCGAGGCGAGGGCGCGGACGUCAAGCGGAGUUUGGACGUGUCCUUGCGCGCGAGUGGGUUCAGUCAGGACGCGGUGAAGGAGUUGGACGCGCACGUCGAGGCGACCAGGAAGGACAAGGAGGAGGAGGAGGAGGAGGAGGAGGAG